AAAAUGAAUACUCAACUAGCCUAAAUUAUCAAAUACACUGCUGUGAGUGAAUUUAAGGUAAGCUUAAGAAAAUUGUUGAAUUUCGAAGAUAGGUAUUAAAUAAUUAUUUCUACAAUUAGUUAAAUUACAUUUUAACCAAUAGAUUUGGAUGGUGUAUUUAUGUGUGAGUUAUUAAAUGAAUAUGAAAAGAAAUAGGAUGAAAACUUAAUAGCAUGGGUGAAGACAGAAAAAUAUUUGUUAUCAAAAAAUGAAAUUGAUGUUGAGCAUUUCUUUGAAAGAUAAUAUUUAAUGUUAAUGAAAGAUCUUGAUAAAGAUAUCUACUUUUAAUUAAAUGAAUAAUUAUUCAAAUUUAGAGUAAGAUUAAAUGGAGAAUUUUCAAUUAUUUUCAGAUUGAAAUAGUUUGAAGCUUUUGAAUAAUUAUUGAAAAAAUAAAUUCAGCAUUUAUAACCAAGAAUGACAAUCUCUAUAAGAAAACAAAUACAAAAUAGAAAAACACUAUCAAAUAGACCUUCAAGUUUAGGUAAGAUGUUUUUAAGAGCAUUUAGUAAGAAUAAUAUUGAAACUGGUAUAUUAUUCAAUAUCAUAUAGAAUAUCAAUAAUAAUAAGAACCAUUAUUUACAUUUAAGAAUAUAAAUGGUUUAGAUUGUUAUUAAUUGAAUGAAUUUGAAUAAUUUACUAAACAAGAAUAAAAAAUUAUUUUAAAUGUCUCUUCUUAACCUAAUAAAUUAGUAGAUAACUCAGAUGAUGAUGAAUAGCUUGAAGAAUGUUAAUUUGGAAUUUUAAAUAUUAAAUAAAAUGAAAUUUAGAAUCAUAAAAUAAUAGAAAGACAAGAGUAUCUUGAAUAUAUAUAUGGUAAAUUAAUUUAUUAAAACAAAAGGAAAUACUAAGAAAUUAGAAUCAGUUAUCAUGUCAUCAAUUCCAUUUAAUACAAUAUAAGAAAUUGAAAGUGAAAAUAUGAUAAGUAUAACUACCCUUUAAAGACCAUUAUUAAAUAGUCAAUCAGCAGAAUCAGUUUUAAUUUAUGGCAAUAAAUUACCAAAUAAGAACUUUAUUCCUAAAGAAAGAGAUUUAUGGAAAAUUGCAAAAUAAUUACUCAAACAAUAACACAAACUUUUUUCUAAUGAACAUUUACGAAAAGUUCAAACACCAGUAAGAAGAAUAAAAUAAGUUAUGUAAAAAAAAAAUUUAAUGAAAAUCUAUAAUAAUGAUAUUUGUUGA